GAAAAGGUACCUCCCCGAAACACGCGACCGAUCCCGUUCCUCACAAGCCUUUCCAAUUUGUUCUGACCUUCAAAUUAUGAUUUCUCACGAUCCCAUGAUACCAUGUUCACGCUGUGUCGGAAUCCCAGGUUAUUGUUCCGUCCACUCCAGCAAGCCCGCCCAUUCCCUCGACAUGCCUUGAACUCCGGGCUGUGCUAUACUGCAAUUCGCAGCCAGGAGUCGACCGCGCCGCUACCUCCACGCCAGUUUCCUACAACAGGGUUCGCGAAGCUGGAUCCAUCUGAAGCAUGGGAAGAAGAGCAGCUCCCCUACUACGAAGCGAACCACUUCUACCCUGUCCGCAUCGGCGAAGUGUUCUUGGACCGAUACCAGGUCGUCGCUAAGCUCGGAUACGGCACUUCCUCGACCGUCUGGCUUUGUCGAGAUCUUCAGACCCAUGGGUAUCGCACCCUCAAAGUAUGCGCGCAGGGCCACGAUCCGGUGCAAGAAGUCGCCGUCUCGGAACACCUGAAGAACGCUCCAGACCACGCGGGCAGAGCUCUCGUGCGGCUAGUCCUACGGUCCUUCGUGGCGACCGGGCCCCAUGGGAAGCACCGAUGUCUGGUGUACAAGGCCUGCGGCAUGAACAUGACCAAAUACAUGAACGGUUGCACCCUGCCCACGGAGCUGGGGCAGCGGAGUCUCCAGCUGACCUUGAUUGCAUUGUCGUUUCUUCACGCCAACCAGACUGUUCACACUGAUGUCUCCCCUAACAACAUCCUCCAGAAGAUCGACGAUAGCUCCAUGCUCUCCGCAAUGGAAGAGGAGGAGAUGACGCAACCGAUUGCUCGCAAAGUCCUGGCUGACCACCGGACCAUCUACCGCUCUCGCGCGAUGCCCGCCUGCGAGGGGCUACCCGUGCUUUCGGACCUCGGGGAGGCGCGGUUCGGCCACGCCAAAUACCAGGGCGACAUCAUGCCGGGCAUCUAUCGCGCACCGGAGGUUAUCCUGGGGAUGGAAUGGGAUGACAAGGUGGAUAUCUGGUCGGUUGGCGUGAUGGCAUGGGACCUACUGCAAGACGAACACCUCUUCUCCGCCAAAACACAUGGGGUCCUCUGCAACGAGCAGCAUCUCGCCGAACUGGUCUCGCUGAUGGGCCCUCCACCCCGCGCAUUUAUUCAGAGGAGUAGCAAAUGUGCCAGGUAUUUCGAUGAACAAGGAAACUGGAAGGGCUCGCUCCCCAUCCCGCAUCAAUCCCUGGACUCGCGCAUCCAGCACUUCCACGGUGCCGAGAAGAGACUCUUCCUGAACUUCCUGCGACGGAUCUUCCGCUGGCUGCCCGAGGAGCGUCCCUCGGCCGAGGAACUGGCGCACGAUGAAUUCCUGAUGCAGCCGAUCCUGGCGGCUAAGGAGCGGCAGACGCAGCAGGAUAGCAGAUAAGCCCGACGACGACUUUCCCGUGAACAUAAAUCAGAAGUUCGUCCGUACAUAGACCAUGAUAAU